CAGUUACCGUGUCGCGGGUAAUCUUAUUGUUGCCUUCGAUGGAAGCGAACCAUAGUCAAUCUCGAGUUCUCGACCAUCUUCGACCUUGAGGGAGCAGUGAUCGAAUUGGCGCUCUCCCUCCCCAAAACAUUUUGGUGUUCCUGAUUUUCUCUGCAUUUCAACGAUGGAUUCUGCUGAACCACUGAUUAAGGAUCUUGGAGAAAAAGCAAGAAGGGCUUCUCAACUAUGGCUUGAAGGUUUUAUUGACGCCUGUUGUCUUCACCGUGUUGUGAUCCUCUGUCGCAGGUCGAAAAAGCUUUUGAUCCGGACGGGUCAGUGUUUUUUAUUGAAUGGUUUGAUCUUCUUAGGAAGUCUAUUGAUCCUAAACUCAGUUGUCAUCCCAACCCUACAAUGGAUAUUACCGGAUCAGCAAUCAAUGAUUGGUUCUCACAAGUUGGCCGCAUUUGGUGGUGCUUUAAAAUUAUAUUCUUUCUUACGUCAUGGACUGAUACAACUUUUUUAUUUGUUCUGGUUUUAUCCAAUGUACAUUUUCAGCUUCAUUCUGAGCAAUAUCUGGUACAAUGAUAUUGCUAAACAUGGCUUUGCUGCAAUGGGACAAUCUGAGCCAACCGCAGUGGACUCCUCAGGACUAAACGAUGGAUCUUCCAAUGCUGCUCAAACAGGAAAAUCAAUUGGAUUGGGGAGGGUUGUAAUAGGAAUAGGAGAGCAGCUAUAUUCUCUACUUCUGAUCAACUCCUUCUUCCUUGAGGUCUAUGCUACAGGUUUCUUGCCUUUCGUGGGAAAGACACUCAAUUUUAUGCUUCUUUCUUGGAUGUACGCCUACUAUUGUUUUGAGUACAAGUGGAAUCUUUCAGAAGUGAGUCUGGAUAGAAGGCUGGACUUUUUCGAGUCUAACUGGGCUUUCUUUGCUGGUUUUGGUAGUCCUUGCGUUCUUGCGAUAUUUUUCUUCUCACCACUUGUGAGCUAUGGAGUAAUGGCUAUCUUAUUUCCACUGUUUGUUCUGACAGCCACGGGCUCAGUUGCUGAGAAGGAUAUUUAUUCACAGAGAACAACUUGGAAAUGUGCAGGACUGGGAAGGCUUCCAAUUUUCUAUGCUGCAAAUACAUUGUCGAUGAAGCUCUUGACUCUCUUCCCUCAUGAAUCACAAGAAAAGAUGCAGCAAAACAAGGAACUAUAACAGGUUCUGGAGUCUGAAUCAAUACAUAUCCGUUUCAUGAACAGAGCAGAAUCCAAGUGGCUCAAGUCAGAUGCUACAAGUGAUUCCUACCUCAUCCGUACAGAAACGAUACCGUAGGUGAAGAUCAACCAUAGGUAGAUUCAUAACCGCAGUUUGUAAGAUUGGUUGCUGUGUGAAUAUCGAAUAGGUACGCAAUUAAUUGGGCGAAUAGAUAAGAAUGUGCGAUGCCGAGUGAUAAUUUUUCUGUAACCUCGUUAAAUAAUGUAAAUAACUUAUGUUUAGUAGAAAGAUUGUUCCAACUCUCUGCUUCAGUUCUUUGUGUGAAUUAUGUACAAUCAAGAAUGAACAACUUAGAGUGGAUAGAGUUGAUAAAAUCGUUGUGCAA